AACCCAUUGGUCAAUUAAAACUACAGUUUGUUUGGUGACCUCUCCAGCUUAAAGUAAAUUGUGUUUAACAACUCUGUUUUUUUACAGAUUAAUUUGAUUUUAGUAUUGUCCAUUUGGUUUAACCGUUAAUUAAUUAAAUACAAUGAUUCGUGAUCGUCUGACCAGAACAAUUGAUCAAAGUGCUAUUGAUCUUUUAAAGAAAGAGUUUUCAAAGAAAACUGCUGCUGAACCUGAUCUCUUUGAUCCUGUUGACCUCCAAAAGGUUGAGGAAGAUGACUGGUGGGCUUACCGUUUCUUGGCUGUCAAUUCACUUAACCAGGAUGCAGCUUUGGACAACAUGGUUCAAUCCAUGAAAUGGCGUAAAGAACAUAACUUCCAUUCCUUCAAGAUGAAUUAUUUUCCAGAUAUGUUUUUCCGAACUGGUGCUUUGUUUCAAUACGAGACUGAUAAACAGGGUAGACCAUCGUUAAUUUUACGAAUCAAGUUCGUCCGUAAAAUCAAAGACAUACAAAGUGCCAUUGAACAAUUUGUUGAUCACACUCUCUGGUCCAUAGAUGAAACUGCUAAUGGAAAUGGAUGGAUACUAAUAUUUGAUUUUAAAGAUGCUGGACUGCAAAAUGCUGAUUUUGAUCUUCUACAUUAUCUAAUUAACGCCUUAAAAAUACACUUUCCAUUUGGUGUUGAUUCUGUUCUUGUCGUAGACCUUCCAUGGAUUCUCAAAGCUUUCUGGAGUAUGGUUAAAACCUGGAUCCCUAAUGAAGGCGGUAAUUUAGUUCAAUUCAUGACAAGAAAGAAGCUCAAAGAGCAUUUCGAUGAAUCUAAUUUACCAGAUUUUCUCGAUGGUAAAUGUAAACGUCCUUAUCAAGGAGAUCGAGUGGUUCCUAAUGGUUCACCUGAUGUUUAUCAUUUUGGUUCCAAGGUUAUGAAUGUUCCUGAAAACAAAAUUGAAAGUAUUGUUAAAAUUUACGAAUCCAUCAUGGCUUGAAAUUGAAUCAAUUUCGCGAUUGUAAAUUCAUCCUAUUUUUAUCCAAUAUCUUCAUUUUUCCCUAUCAUGCUUUCAUUUUUCUCUCUCCCUUCCAAUAAUUAUUGCUUCAAAGAUGACCUUAUCAAGUUUAAUGAUGAUAAUCAUACUUGGUUAAAAACGUUGCAACAUUACCUGCAUUUAUAUGCCUAAAUAAUUUAUUAUCAACACUGAUCAUCGCAUUUUAAGUUACCAACAAACUGUUUCAAUAAGAUGUCCAUACACAACACCCAAGGAUCAAUUUUCAAUUUUAACCAACUGUCAAUCAUUGUCAUCAAAAUUGUACCUUUUUACCAAGCUUGUUAUCAUCCCUUUCCAAGCAUCCAUUUUUUACAUAAUAUUUAUAACUGUUUUCAGGUUUUACAAAGAGACUUGGAUUUUUAAAUGAAUUGUAAAACAACGCAAAUCCAUCUCUUGUUUUUUUAUAAAUGUAUCAAGUUUUAUGACACUCAAGUGAGAUUGUAUUGAGUAGAUGAUUAAAUGAAACAACUCAUUAAAUUGUCAAAGCACCAAAUUUAA